AUGUAUACAGGACAAGUCAUUUUGAAUCAAAAUGAAUUUGCAAGUUUUUACUAUUUAACAAAAAAUUUUGGUGUUAAAAGAUUGAAAAAUGCUGUAGAACAGCAUAUAUCUAAAAAUAGAAGUGAAAGCUAUAAAACAAGAAAUAGUAGUAAAAAGAAAAAUCAAAUAAAUAGAAAAAUGUUAUCAACAAAUAAAAGUAGCAAAGAUAAUUCAUAUACAAAAUCUACUAAUUCCAAGAUAACUGAUACUUUACCUACAAGUGAAUUCAUAAAUAUGCAAAGUUCUGUUACAAUUCCUGAAAUUAAUAAUCCUUACAACAAAUUUUCAAAUUACUGUAAUAAGGAAUAUAUUCAUAAAAACAAAGUAUUACCUCCUUUAAUUGCAAGUAUAAAUCAGUUUUCUAAUGAAAAUAAAAAUUAUGGAGGAAACAGAAAUGUAAAAGUAACCAAUUCUCAGAAGAAUAAAAGUUCCAGAAAAAAUACUUUAAGUAACUCUUUAAACAAUACAAGUUUUAAUUCAAAAAGAAUAAAUAGCUAUAGAUGUAAAGGAGGAUAA